GUGGAGUAGGUCGCCAUGGGCAAGCACACUAAGAAGGUUCACAUCACUGGUAAGUACGGAACCCGUUAUGGUGCUUCCCUGAGGAAACAGAUCAAGAAGAUUGAAAUCACCCAGCAUGCCAAGUACACCUGCUCAUUCUGCGGAAAGGAUAGCGUGAAGAGACAAGCUGUCGGGAUCUGGAAGUGCGCGUCCUGCAAGAAGUGCAUCGCCGGCGGAGCCUACACUCUUAACACUCCUACUGCUGCUACCGUUCGCUCUGCCAUCCGUCGUUUGAGAGAGUUGGUCGAGGCAUAAGUUUUCCGUGUUAUGUCGAGGCAAUAAAGUGGAAAAAC